CGUGUCCGGUGAUCCUGCUCGCCAUGAAGACAGCAAACGCCCUUCAACGCGGGAAGGCUUGCUUGAACUGCAGGAAACGCAAGAUGAGGUGCGAUGGCCAACGCCCCGUCUGCGGGCAAUGCAUCAAGGGCAAUCGUGACAGCGAGUGCCAGUACUACGAUAAGAAGCAGGUCAGCCGAACCGAGCUGCUGCGAGCCAAGGUCGCCAAGCUGGAGGCCCGUCUGCGUGAGCUAGAGGUCGAGCACUCCUCGGGCUCGUCAAGCAGCUCCACACCUGCGCCCAUGUCGCCCUCGUCGCCCUCGUUAUCAACGGCACGGUCGUCGCCGUCCGAGGAGCUGAUCCUGCUCCAGCCGCCAGGAAUCACACUGCCUUCUAGUUCCUCGGCGCCUAUUGAGCUGGAAUCCUGGGAUGAUGAUGAUCACUUUGCACUGGGUCCCGGGUCCUCCUCAGAUCUUUCGAGCUCCCGGGACUCAUCCCUCUCCUCGACACCAUGGCUUUCCGAUUUUUUCGAUAUCCCCUCCUUCCUUAACGACCCAUUUUUCUCUGCAGGCGAUUUUUCUCCGGGUCUUGUAUCACAAGAGCCGCGCCUCGAGUCUCCUAGUCACUGGGAAGAAGCGGACUCUGUGAUGUGUCAGAACAAACAAAAACUUCUGGACGUAUUUUUCGCCCAUCGUCACCAAUGUGCGUUUGACGUCCACGUCGACAGAUUUCGCGCCUCGAUAUCCCUUGGGCCCACCCAGCAACCGCAUCCCGCGCUCCUGGAUGCGAUGUACCUCAUGGCCUGCUACUUCUCCCAGAUGCCCGCCGCCCAGGAAGGCUACUACCUCCAGCGCGCGCUCACGGGCAUCUCCUCGUCCCUGCAGGACAGCGACCGUCUCAUCCAGAUCCUGCAGGCGUCUUGCCUGAUUGCGUUCUACUUCUUUAGCCGCGGGAGGACGCUCGAGGGCUACUACCACUCCUCAACCGCGGCCCGGCUCGCGGUCAGCCUUGGUCUCCAUCAGAUCAAGGGCGAGGAGUGGUACCGCCUGCAGUUUGACGCUGCAGCAGUCGCGCAGCCUGCCUUCCUCGCGUUCAAGUCCUCGCUGCAGCUCCCCGCUCCGAAAGACUCCAUCGAGUACACGGAGAGGGUGGCGGCCUUCUGGCAGGUCUUUCAGGUUGACCGGGCCUGGUCCGUGGCAAGUGGAUUGCCUGCCGCGCUUCCAGAUGACGACAAUAGUCCUCGUGCCCGAGUGGAGACAACAUGGCCAGCAGCGAUUGGUGACACGCAGGACAUUCUCGAAUACAUGCAGCCGCAGAACUUCAUCGCCAACACAAAGCUUAACCCGUACCUCCGCGCGAAGGCGACAACGCUGUUUGAGAGGUCGUAUCGCCUGGCAGCCAAAACGAUGGACAACGACGACCUGUUCUGGUCGCAGCACAACAGUCUUGAUUGCGAGCUGAUACAGUUCGGCGCAAAUAUGCCCCAGCUUACGUCGUCCGUCUACCAAGACCAGCUCUCACAGAACGACCUCGAGCUCGUUUCGAUCCACACGCUCCUGCACGCAUCAACGAUCCAUCUCCACCGCGACCUCCUUAUGCUCCCGACGUCGUACCACCGCUGCGUGGGCGCGGCCGGUGCCGUCACUGGCAUGAUCAAGGAGCUCAACGAGGGCGACUACGCGUUCCUCAACCCCAUAAUCAGCACCUGCUGGAGGUCUGCUGCGCACGUCUACCUGGCGGUCCUCGAGCUGCAGCAACAGCGGUCACGCCUGACGCAGGCCCUGCUGGCGACCGUGAACACCGAGCUCGACGCGCUCGUAGGCGCCCUGCGGCUGCUGGGCCGGGUCUUUCCUCUUGCAGCACAUGAUGCACGACGGACAGAAUCAGAGCGGGCGAUGCGGCUCUCUGUCCUGUUCGCGCCUUCGUAGGCCUCUCUCUGUGCCUGGCAUGCCCUGUCCCCAGUGUGCCCCUAGUAAUUAUUGUCCUGUAUAAUGGUCCUUACACAGUUAGGUUAUUCGGCAGCUGUCACUGUUUGUAUCCAUAGCUCUCCCUCAUGCCCUUUCACGCCCCCUCUGAAUGACGUCUGCAUAAGCAUUCCGGUCCAGGAUAUCCCAUGCACUAGAUUACGGAAUUGUAUUAAUGUAGCACAGCACAUGGUGCAUGUAAUAUACGACUCGAAUUCGGAAUACUCGAGCUCCAUUCCUCGU